UUUGCAUGCUAAUGCUACCUGAAUGGCGUCACGAAACACAGUUGAAAAUCGUUUGAUGUGGUAAAGUCAUGCGGUCAUUGCGUCUUUUGCCAGACGUGUUUCGCGUUCUACGAUGAACGCACGUGGCAGAAAUUGCAGAUCUAUUUCCAUCGUAUUCUAGUUUUGUGUAUUGCAGUUAAUGGAGAUUCGAAUUUCUGCUGAAAGUCGUGCAUGGCUUAAGAUGGUGUGAUGGAGAAGAACUAGACAGUUGCUAGCUCCGAUUAUCGUUCUCGAGACAACUUUUCGCCGUCGAGUUUAAGGAUGGGUAAUGGUAAGAAUUUUUACGGUUAGUGACGAUCAUCUGGGACGUCGAUGCGUCGUUGAGGCUAUGUGAGGUUUACGCGAGAGUUAGCUGCCAAUAUUAUCAAUAUGAAAUCAAGGUUGUGUCACGGAGUAAUAUGAAAAGACAAUUGCCAAUGUGACAGGACGGUGGACGAGAAGCUGCGGACCGUCGAUCAAGGAAGUGUAGCUAACGCAAUGGGAUAGAGAACCCAUCGGUGUUCAUGGUUUUUGGCGUUCGUCAAACCGUACAAUAGCAACGCAAGCAACGUGUAGCAACAUAUGAAAACAAAGCUUUUUGAUAGGAGAACAGUGAAAGAUUUGCCGAGAGAAGAUUAUUUGGCUCCUGAUAAAUCGACUUUUUAAUGAUUGUGAUGUUGAUGAAGCUAGCAAAUAGUUGGGAUUGUGACUUUGGAGUUUGGCAACUAUCUUAAACUAAGAAUUCUCAAGGGCUCGGGCUAUCGUCCGCCAGUUACCUGCCACAAAGAUAGAUGAUUGAAACACCAUUGUAAUUGGAAAUAUAAUCGAACUGGGAAGAACAGUGAAACCAUAUCAGUUGUUGAUCAUGGAUUUUUUCCCAUCACUUGUUAUUGGUGGAAUGCUGUUAUUGAGAUAGCGUUAUCGUAUACGAUACAAUGAAAAUCCCAUAUCUCGCGAGGUCUUAAUAUUAUCUGUGCUUGAAGCAAGGAAUAAAAUCAGAAUUACAGUGUAAACGUCGGGACGAGAGAAUUGUUCGUAUACUGUAGAAGAUGCAUCAAAAAAUGGCGACUCGUCAAAUCGUCUGUCAUGCCAUAUCAUCUCGAGGAAACAAGAAAAAGAGUUAUUCAUUUAUACAAUAAACUUUAUUUGUACAGUAUCAUCUUAUGAACAUCCCAUAAAAGCUCUUUUAUUGACCCAAUUUUACUACAAGACAAACCUUUAAGUUAUUUGUCAGGGCCGUGCGGGAAGCAAUGUCCGACUACGGGAGGUUGAAAAUUCAAAUAUUUGACUAGGUUUUAAAAGAAAGGUCCCAGCAGUAGAGUGCUCAUUAGAGGGCUGUACGGAGGUCUAACACCCUCCAGCUUCGGUGAAACGUGAACAAGUCGAUCGAUCCAGAAGCUUUUUUUAGGACCGAAAAAGUUGGUCUCGCUAAAACUGUGGGCUUUUCUAUCAAAUAAAGACACUGCAUAACCCUGUCUCAUCAAUUCUGGGAAUGCGCACCCCUACGAAAAGUAGUAAAUUAUUUGGGGUUGCAGACUGCAUGCCCAGCUACCGCGGUCUACUAAUUUAUUGGACAGCUUUGUCAGAUUACAGUUCUUUCGAAGAGAAUCGGUUCGAACCUUCUUUUAUCAUCCUGUGUUGAUUACAACGAGAGAUGUGUAUAGUUGUAGGUGAUGUAAUGCAGUUGAUGUAGUUUUACUAGUAGUUGUUGGUGUCACUGAUUUGCACUUUAAAGUCGAGUUUUAAUUGAUUAUUCAAGCAAGAAAAACUUCAAAUUGUCGGAGAAUUGGUAGUAAAAAUGGUUAUUCCAAUUUUAUUGUGGAGUUUCGAGUGGCCUCCUCUAUGAAUUUCACCAAAGUUAACUUAAAAUCGCUCUGUGUAUGUCGUCUUUACACUUUACUUUCCUUGCUGGUUUUACUCAAAAUUAAGUAUGACAUCCCAAUGUUCCCCGAUUAUUGACUCAUGGGCAUGUAAUUUCUGUCGUCAAGUGCGAUUUGGGCGUCCUAAGAUUUUUAUUCUUGGUAAGAAUGCAUGUUGAUAUGUAAGUCCGAUUAUUAGGAAAUGAUCUUACAACCAAGCCCAGCAUCAGCAGCUAAAUCUUAAUUCAUGUCGUUUGUUGUUGCAUAGUUAAACAUUCGCAUCCUAAAUUCGACCAAAGUACGCCAUCUCAAACGUUUCUAGCAGACCGCAGAUAUUUUAUUACGUAUGUCGGAUGUGGUUUAUUUAUGCAAUAGGUAAACUAGAAAUGCGCUCGUUGGCUGCGGCCGCGUGACGAUUUAUGACGUAACGGCUCGGCUCGAACUUACACGCACAUUCAUGACGAAACAUGUCAUCCAAUGAUUACAUUCUGACGUUAGGGAAAUACAAGCGCGAGUCUUAAAAGCAACAACGCGCAUUCAGACGAUCUUCAUUUCACAUAAGCGUAUCUCCACUUCUAAAGUCUGGCAUCUGUAGACUUGGCGUGAUUGCAAAUUAUACGCCGAAAGCAUAGCAAAUAGCAUUAAUUUGUUACCGAAGGCAGUAUCAUUUUGAACUUGAGGGAUUGACUUGGGAGCGUUUGUGCACAACUGUGUAGUAUAUGAGACUUGGUGUUUGUAUCUUGAUGGGUGAAGAUUUAAACGUUGUAUUUUCUAAACUCAGGAAUAAAAUGAAUGGUGAAUUAAUGAAGUAUUUUGUGGCGCAAGAAGACUUAUACGAAGGCUUCAGUUAAGAGAAAGAUCCAGUCUACGUAAUCAGGAGAUGUCAGCCCUUCUUUUUCCAUAUUCGUACGUCCAUUUCAAAAAAAUUGAAUCGAACGCAAGUGCUUUGAGAAGCUGGUUCAUCGCAGCACGGCCUAGAUUGAAAAUGAUCACAGACGAAGAAGGAACAAGCACUUUUAGCGUGAUCAAUCAGAAAAGGCCAAGCGUUAUUAAAUUAGCUCCAAAAGUCAACGUUUCGGACGACAGAGAGGAGGAUGAAGUAAUCGACGUCGUGGGCUUAGAUGGGAUCGAUGAAAUUAACAAAACGAUCCAUUGUGGAAUAAGAAAUGAUCCUAAAUAUUACAUAUAUGACCAAGAUUUUUGGCAUAGUGACCAAGCCAACAAUAACGAAUUUGAACUCGGGCAAGAUGAAGUAGAGAUGUGCCGAAGUGGUUCAAUAAACAAACGCAACUUUGCAACGGACAACUCUCCAUCUGAUUGUGAUCAAAAGGUUUCGACGAACGCUGAAGAUAGAUCCGAGAGCAAAUGUCGUCUACACGAAACACGAGAUGAGUAUCAACUCGAUAUGGACGAAAAUAGCAUUGAAAAGGUGUUGUUCUGUGAUCAAAGUAUUUCGACUAGGGAUACGACAGGAUAUUUGUCUGUUGAGAAUAGAUUGAGCGAACGUCAUGUGAUCAGCGACAAGAGCGAAACCAAUGACAUUCAUGGAACAGUGAGGUACGUCAGUAGUCGGCGAGGUUCGAUGAAAGAAGAAGGGAGCGAAGACGAUCUUCGAACUACACAAGACGGUUCCGAGUUCCAACAUUUUGAAACUCUUAAGACGUCGGAACAUUUCUCGUGUAACGCGAACCAAAGUCUGUCAACAGAUAAUCAUGGAUGUGAAAAUACACCAGGUUGUUCACAAAGUCCAGAUGACGAUGGUGUAAACGAAAGAAGAAAUUCAACAUGCAAGAACAAGAGAAGGCAUAAUUCAACGUCUUCCGUCGGAAGGCAGUGGACAAAAAGUACCGAAACCAAGUCCGAAAGUAGCAGUGAGGAGGAAUGGACGGCCUCAAGCAAUCAAGGUAAAAAACGUUAUGGAUGCAAGGAAUGCGGCACGAGAUUUAAGAAACCCAGCGCCUUGAUCAUUCACAUGAGGACGCAUUCGGGGGAGAAACCGUUCGCGUGUGAUAUUUGCGGUAAAAAGUUUUCAAUCUCCGGUAAUCUUCGACGUCACAUGUUCACGCACACUGGCGAAAAACCUUACAAAUGUAAGGCGUGCGGGCGAGGUUUCAAUAAUCCCAGUCAUCUUGCCAGACAUUCGAAGAAGAUCCAUAUUUGAAGAUUUCUGGAUACAAGGGACACGUCAAUCGAAAGGAACGCUGCCUUAUACGAACAAAUUAAAAUGAAAACUGUUAUUUAACCGAAAGUGAAAUUUGUCACGAUAACCAAACGCAACAGCAUAGCGCAUAACUCUAAUUCUGUGUUGGGGAGGCAAUUCUGAUGCUUUCGUUCGCUUCGUCGCGUCCAAAUUAUUUUGUAAUAAAGUGAGCGGUUUGAGCCCGGGAGUGUUGUUAAAUGUUUGUAGACUUAGAUAAUCCACGUUGGUAGAGUCCUUAGUAGCGUGGGGAAAAAGGUAUUUUUGAGCAUCAUACAUGGUUAGGGGAGAACAAUUAUACAAAGUUAAUAGAAUAAAAAAGUCUCAACUUUUACAACUGUAUUAUGUCAAACUGUAUCAAUCAAGGCAACAUCACGACUUGUAUGGCAAUUAUUUUACGUAGAACUGCCAAAGUACUUGAAAUAAUAUAUCAGGAGGGGGCAACCCCUACUUUUUUAUUGGGCCUUCCCCCAGUUCAUGGUGUCGGUGUAGACGUUUCGACAUCCUUAGCGGUAGUAAUCUUGAUUUAGAGUACAACACCUACAAACAUGUAACGAUACUCCCUGGUACGCUAUUGAGUUUCUCACUUCAGAUAGAUAAAGGUAAAGCGAAAAACUGCUGUCAAUCAACGAGAUGAUUUUUAUUAUUAUUAUAGAAUUCGAAAUCGGGGCAAAACGAUAUUUUACGUUUGAUGGAAGAGCACUGGAAUUUGAGGCUGCGUUUACACCAUACCGGAUUCGCUCAUCACGACAUCUUCAUUUGCUUUAAAGGUGUGACUGUUCGGAGUAAAAGCUAUUAAGCUGAUAGAUUUAUUCUAUUUGAAUGUGUUUCUGACGUUGAACAAUUUCAUUGCCUUUUAACACAAAGAAUAUUCAACCUGCUACUAUAACAAUCCGGUAUAGGGUAAACGGGACCUGAGACUCGCAUUUCUUCGCUCCUCCGUAUUAACAAAUUGCUUACUGCACGGACAAAAGUUACAGCAAAUCAUGCAGACCUGUGGUCGAUCUAGCGUUAGUCGAAAUAAACUACAGACGCUCGAUUUUAAAUUCAAAAUAUCCGCAGAACAAAACUAUUGGGUUUGAACUUCUAACAAAGAAAAGUUUACCAAUUAAUUUGGCUCUAUAUUGGAGAUUUAAAUACAUCAAAAAACUUGCUUCGUACGCCAAUUUAUUUUGACGUACCCUAGAUCUGCCACAGAUACAGAAGUUUUAUUGCGUGGUUGAUCGUAUACAACGCGUGUAGGUUAAUAUCUCACGAUGACGCUAGGUAAAACACGCAAAUCAAUUAAAACGUUAAAUUAA